AUGGAAAAAAAAAUAGACGAAUUUUAUGACAUAAUAUAUAAUGAAAUAUUGAAUUAUUUCACAUUGCCAAAUGAAAAAAAUAAAUAUUUAAGUUACAAAAGGAUAAAAUUAUUUAUAAGUGAUUUAAUUGAUAUCCUGAAUUCGGAAAGCUAUUAUAUUUUUACUAAUUAUUGUGAAUUAAAAGAUAAAGAAAAAAUUUUUUAUAAUCCUAAACUUUUUUCUUUCACAUUAUUUCCACAAAAAUUAAGUAAAGAGUUAUUAGAAUUAUGUAAAAGAUGUACGUUACUACAUUCUGAGAUAUUUGAUAAUAUGGUUUGUGAUAUACCAUUUAUAUUAAAAACCUUUGAAAAAAUAAAAGAAUUUGAUAAUUUUUAUAAAAAUAUCAUUGAUAUAUGUGAAAAAGUAUACUUAAACAAAGAAAAUGGAAGAGAUAUAAAAAAUGACAUUCGUUGUGUUAUAGGAAGGUCUGAUUAUAUGGCUAACAAAAAUAAUAAAGAAAAAAAUGAUGUAGAAAUAAAGCAAGUAGAAUAUAAUACAAUAUCAGUAGCAUUCGGACAUUUAUCUUCUAUUUUGUUUGAAGCACAUAAAAAUAUGAUCAAACAGAUUUAUAGAGAAUAUUUUCCACAUUUUGAGGAAAUAAAUGAAAAAGAAAUAAAUGAAAUUCUAGAUAAAAAAUUCGAGAAUAAUUUCACACAAGGAAUAAUUAAAUGCUUUGUUGAAUGCCAUAAUUUAUAUAUAUCUAACUUUAAACCAUUACAAGGAAAAUACAAAACAAUCAUGAUUUCUGUUUUGAUAGAUGAUGAUUUAAAUAAAUUUGAUAAAUAUAGAACUAAGCAUGAAUUAAAUAAAUUAGGCAUUGAUCAAAAAUUUUUUACUAUAAAAGAGUUGCAAUGUUUAUUUGAAAAAAAAAAACUUUUUUUGAAUUACAGAAAUGAAACUCUACGCGACUCUUUAAAUAGAGUGAACAAGAAUUUGAAUGUUCGUGAGAAGUUCAAAUCAGGAAAAUUAUUUCUAGAUUUAAAUGAUGAUAAUACAGAUUUCUUAACUGAUGUAUAUUACGAAGAAAAUUUAUAUGAAAUAAGUGUAAUAUAUUUCCGAUGUCUUUAUUCUCCACAUCAUUUUAAUGAAACAAUUUGGAAUUUGCGAGAGAUGAUUGAAUUUAGUGAUUCAGUUAAAAUUCCAUCGUUACCAUAUCAAUUAGUGGGAUCAAAAAGAAUUCAAAUGUUACUAUUAGAUGAUGAUAUAUUAAAAAAGUAUAUUUCUUACAAUCUAAACAAAAACAAAAAAACAGAAGAACAAAUUUUAAAUGAUAUUCAUACACUAAAAAAAUCUUUCGCUUUGCAAGUUGAUCCUUCUUUAAAUGAAAAUUCUAAUAUAGUUUCAUUAGCAAUUCAAAAUGAGCAUAAUUUUUUACUAAAACCGCAGAGAGAAGGAGGAAAGAAUAACUUACAUGGGCAUGAAGUUAAAGAAAAACUAAUGCUUUAUUAUGACAAAAAAGAAAAAAAUAAAUUAUCAUUUUAUGUUUUAAUGCAAAAGUUAUUUCCAUCUUCAUUCACAGCUAUUCAUUGUAGAACAAAAAAAAAACAUAAUAACGAUAAUGAUCAAUCAUAUUUUAUUGAAUUUUCUCCUGAGAAAUCAAUCUCUGAAAUUAGUCUAUUUCAUAAUUUUAUUUUUUAUAAAAAUAAAAAUAUUCUAAAUGAGCAAAAGGGUUAUUUAAUUAGAACAAAAAAUACUAAUGAAAAUGAAGGAGGAGCUAUAUGUGGAAUUUCCAGCUUAGACUCUUUCUUUUUAAUAUAG